AUGCAUAUCCAAGGAUUCCUCGCUAUUGCCGGCCUCAUGCUCAUGAGCAACGUUGCCAUGGCCAAAACCCUCGACCGUGACGAUGUCCCCAGCCAAUGCUGGAGUGUCUGCGGCCAGCUGGUCGACUACAGCCACAAGUGUGACAACGAACACGACAAGGACAGUGUUCAGAUGAAGUGCAUCUGUGACUGGAGCCAGGCGAAGAUGGUGGUUCCUUCGUGUGCUGCUUGCAUUUCCCAGUACAACAAUGGAACUAGGAAUGGAACCAGCCACGAUCAUCAGCAUCGCCGUGACAAUGACCGGGAUAACGACCGAGACAACGACCGGGACAACGACAACGACAAUGACCGUGACCACGACAACGACAACGACAACGACAAUGAUAAUGACCAUGACCACGAUGAUGACCACGACCACGACCAUGACAAUGACAAUGAUGCGUACGAUAUGCUCACCUCCUGCUCCUUCACCACCACCAGCUUCAACCCAUCAGCCCUGGUCACAGCCACCGCCGUCACCACCUCGACUGGCGCAUCCACCACGAUCACUUCAACCUCCACCUCUACGGGCCUCGCUAACUCUUCCGGUUCUCCCAGCAGCAACGGCAACCCCGGCUCGUCGACUUCGUCUGAUAACUCCCAGACUACCGAUAACGCAGCACCGGGAUCUUCCGUUCCCAAGGUGUCUUCCCUGGCCGCGAUUGUGGGUUUGACGGUGCUUGCUUGGUUGUAG